AUGAAAUUUUUGAUAGUUCUUUUCCUCUUGGUGGUCGGCGCAUGCUGUACCGAUUCGAAUCUCGCCCCUCCCGAUCUUAAUGUUGUCACCGAUGAGAACUUCCCACGCAACGUGGCAGCUCAAGCCGAUUCUCUCAGUGCCAAGUAUCCGGGCGGUGGUGGAGGAGAGAAUUCAACGGAACUUAUCUUGAUGUGCGACUGUUAUAUGGGGACCAGCAACCUGGGGUCCAGCAACCUGGGCUCCAGCAACCUGGGGUCCAGCAACCUGGGGUCCAGCAACCUGGGGUCCAGCAACCUGGGCUCCAGCAACCUGGGGUCCAGCAACCUGAUCGCUGGUUCCAACGCAAAAGGGACUUUAAACCUAAUGAAUAUCAAGAUUAUAUCUACAAAGGAACAACGACUUCAAUAA